CGGUCGGUCCGUAUUGUCGGUCUGUGCUGCACUGACCGCAGUUACCAGUGAGUGUGAGAGACAAUAACAGACACCAACAUGAUUGCACGCGUGCCUGAAAUAGGCCUGUGUCGGUUAACACGUCAUUUUUGUUGAUAUGUUGUUUAGUUUGCUGGACAACGAACGGUGAUGAUUUGAUUCAAGCAGCGCGACCGGACGGAUGGACGGACUGACUGACUGCUAAAUAGGCUACAGCACUGCUACACCGCUAAACUGCAAUACUGCAAUACUGCAAUACUGCAAUACUGCAAUACUGCAAUACUGCAUGCAAUACUGCAAUACUGCAUUACUGCCAGGCCCGCUGCAAGAACUCCAAGCAAGUAAGCCAGUUAAGCCAACCAAUCAAUCAUCCAAUCAAUCAUCCAAUCAUCCAAUCAUCCAAUCAACCAGCCAGCCGAUCAACUAAAAAUAAUAAUAACCGUCGAAGAUUAUUGCAAUGCAUAAUUAGUGCAGGAGUGCAGCAGAGUGACGUUGCGCCGAAGAUGAGCGGCUGAGGGUGAGGAAGUGAGGAAGCGGCGCUGUUCCCCGUGACGAGGAGUAGCAGGUAGCAGGUAGUUAAAGUAGUGAGUUGUGUGAGUGUUGGAGGUCCGUGAGUGCGAACACCGAACAUUCCGCCGCACAGUAUGGCAUCGGUCGCCGCUUGGUUGCCAUUUGCACGGGCGGCGGCCAUAGGAUGGGUCCCGAUCGCCACUCAUCCGUUGCCACCACCCCCGAUACCCAAGGAUCGUCGGAAGACCGACGACGAAAAGUUACUGAUCAACGUGUCCGGCCGCCGUUUCGAGACCUGGAGGAACACACUCGAAAAGUAUCCCGACACGUUGCUCGGCUCGAACGAACGUGAAUUUUUCUACGACGAAGACUGCAAAGAGUAUUUCUUUGACCGCGAUCCGGACAUCUUCCGACACAUUCUCAAUUAUUACAGAACGGGCAAGCUCCAUUAUCCCAAACACGAGUGUCUGACCAGCUACGACGAGGAGCUGGCCUUCUUCGGCAUUCUGCCGGACGUGAUCGGUGAUUGCUGUUACGAGGACUAUCGCGACAGGAAACGCGAAAACGCCGAACGUUUGAUGGACGAUAAACUGUCGGAGAAUGGUGACCAGCAUCUGCAACAGCUCACCAACAUCAGACAAAAGAUGUGGAGGGCCUUCGAGAACCCGCACACAUCGACGGCCGCUUUAGUUUUCUACUACGUGACCGGAUUCUUCAUCGCGGUCUCCGUGAUGGCCAACGUGGUCGAAACGGUGCCGUGCGGCAGCAGACCGGGUGGUGCGGGCUCCUUGCCAUGUGGCGAACGCUACAAAAUCGUGUUCUUCUGUCUCGAUACCGCCUGCGUGAUGAUAUUCACCGCAGAGUAUCUGCUCAGAAUGUUUGCCGCCCCCAAUCGCUACAAAUUCGUCAGAUCCGUCAUGAGCAUCAUCGACGUCGUCGCCAUUCUACCUUACUACAUCGGCUUGGGCAUCACCGACAACGACGACGUGUCCGGUGCUUUCGUCACCCUCAGGGUGUUCAGGGUCUUCAGGAUCUUCAAGUUCUCCAGACACUCGCAGGGUCUACGUAUAUUGGGCUACACGUUAAAGUCCUGUGCUUCCGAACUCGGCUUCCUCGUAUUCUCUCUCGCUAUGGCAAUCAUCAUUUUCGCCACUGUCAUGUUCUACGCAGAGAAAAACGUUGGAAAAACCUUCACAUCCAUUCCUGCCGCUUUCUGGUACACCAUCGUCACCAUGACUACAUUAGGAUAUGGUGACAUGGUACCUGCAACUAUAGCUGGUAAAAUUGUGGGAGGUGUCUGUUCACUUAGUGGUGUGCUGGUAAUCGCUUUGCCAGUACCUGUAAUUGUGUCGAACUUUAGUCGAAUUUACCAUCAGAAUCAACGGGCCGACAAGAGGAAAGCGCAAAGGAAGGCCCGCCUGGCCCGCAUCCGCAUCGCCAAGGCGUCGUCGGGCGCUGCGUUCGUCAGCAAGAAGAAGGCAGCCGAGGCGCGACUGGCCGCCCAAGAAUCGGGCAUCGAGCUGGACGACAACUACAGAGAGGAGGACAUCUUCGAGCUGCAGCACCACCACCUGCUGCGCUGCCUCGAAAAGACCACCGACCGCGAAUUCGUCGAGCUGGAGGUGCCCUACAACGGGCACCCGAAGAGGCCCGGCUCCCCAUCGCCGAUGGCCAGCCCGGCCCAUUCGGCCGUCUCCAUGGGCCUGUUGCAGUCGUGCUGCGGCAGAUGCUGCCCCAGGAGAUACCAGCAGGCGUGCGGUAAAUACAUGCCGGCCGCCUCCGCGGCCCAAACCAACCAAACUGGCAGCGGCAUGGACGGGACCUAUCUCGUUGAGGCGUCUUUCUAAGACAUAUCACUGACAUCCUCAUCCGUUGCCUUCAACAGGACCACCGGUGCAGGCAGGGCCUCCGACUUGAUGAUUUACACGCAUACACGCAUGUAACAUUGGAAUUUACACCUUGCUUUUUGCAGAUCGUGAUCGAGGCUGCAGUUUUGAGGUGAAGGAGGUAGAGAUGCUUUGAAACCAAACCAGUAUUUUGACUUCAUUUGCAUUCAUAGAUAAAUAGUUGUUUCUCAUAACUAAGUCUGCCAAAAAUUUGGUGUAAAUUUCCUUAUCGAAAUGUUAUAAAUAAAAUUACUGACUGAUGAUAUUCAGAACCAGUUCGAGUCUCGCAAAAAAAAAAAAAAUUUACGUUCUUUAACAUUUUCAUCGAUACUGUUGUGUAAACUGUGUAGCAUAAAUUGUGAUAUAGCUAAUAAUUGAAAACAGUUCAUUGAUUCUA